AUGCUGCAGCUGCUGAGCUCCCUCCUCCUUGUGGCCCUGGCCUCAGGCUCUGACCAGCCUUCCUACAACCCCUCCAGCCGUGUGGUCAAUGGUGAGGAUGCAGAGCCAUACAGCAAGCCCUGGCAGGUAGCCCUGUACUAUCAGGUGAAUGGAGGCUGGUCUUUCACCUGUGGCGGGACCCUCAUUGAUCCUUUCUGGGUUAUGACUGCUGGCCACUGUAUCUCGAGCAGCCGGACUUACCGGGUUGUAUUGGGUGAGUACGACCGCUCAGUGAUAGAGGGACCUGAGCAGUUCAUCAUUGUGGAAAAGGCCAUCGUACACCCAAAGUGGAACUCCAGUUGUCUCUCCUGUGGCAAUGACAUCGCCCUCCUCAAGCUGUCGCAGAGUGCAGAGCUGACUGAUGAGGUCCAGCCUGCCUGCCUCCCUCCUGCCGGCUACAUCCUGCCCCAUGGGACGAAAUGCUGCGUCACUGGUUGGGGCCGGCUCACCACUGGUGGGCUACUCCCAAACAAGCUGCAGAAAGGUGUGCUGCCCGUGGUGGACUAUGAACACUGCUCCCAGCCUGACUGGUGGGGCUCCAGUGUGAAAGAGAUCAUGGUGUGCGCUGGUGGAUACGAAGUCUCUGCUUGCAAUGGUGACUCUGGAGGACCCCUCAACUGCCCCGGAGUGAAUGCUAAGUGUGAGGUCCAUGGUGUGACCAGCUUCGUGUCUUCUCGUGGCUGCAAUACUGAGAAGAAGCCCACGGUGUUCACGCGUGUCUCAGCCUUCAUUGACUGGAUUGAAGAGGUGAGAACUUAG